GAGAUGAUCUGGCUGUCAGCAGGAGUGGAUAUAGUUGUAUUGCAUUUCGGUUGCCACGGGAUAUUUUUCGCCCCCUGUCUGAUUUAAAUGGACGGAAGCGAGAUGAGUUACCGAGCCGAUGCGGGCCCAUCCGAACCGGGUCGCGACACCAGGGACGGGAGCACCCAGACUGACAGCAGGAUCCAAGGUUUUGGUCCCAGGCUAUCAAAGGUCAACCUGUUUACCUUGCUGAGUUUGUGGAUGGAGCUGUUCCCACAAGAGCAACGCGAAGAAGAAGAAGAAGAAGAAGAAGGAGACCGCCAUGAGAUCCGCAGGACGGGUCUGGUGGUGGCGCGGGACAGCAAGGUGGUGGGACUCCACUGUUCGGGACCCGAGCUCCACGCGGGACAGGCCGCCAUCAUCCUACAUGGCGCCUGCUUGGCUGACUGUCAGUUGUAUUUCUCGCGGAGACCCUGCGCCUCCUGCCUCAAGAUGAUCAUCAACGCUGGAGUCAGUCAGAUCUCCUUCUGGCCCGGAGACCCCGAGGUCAGCAUGCUGGGGCCCGCCUCCGCAAGCCACUCGAGCUCCCGCGGUCCGCCCGACGGCAUCACGGAGGAGGCCGCACUGGACGCCGUGGCAACGGAGAAGCUGAAGUCCAACAGCCGGCCUCACAUCUGCGUGCUGCUGCAGCCGCCGGCGCUCGGCCUGGCGCAGUUCGUGGACGAGACGUCGCGGGAGUGCGAUUUCCUGCAGAGAAUGUCCGAUGACGAACCGGGUCUGAACACCGAGGAACUCUUCGACGGAGAGCGGACGAGACGCCUGGAGGAUUUCUCCAGACGGCUCCUGGUCAGGACGUCCGAGCAGCACCGGGAGAUUUUGACCCACAUGGGUCUGGAGAACUUCUGUGUGGAGCCGAACUUCUCCAACCUGAGACACAACAUGAGGGAGCUGGUGGAGCUUCUGGCUGCGGUGGUCGCCGGCGUGCCGCAGCAACGCUACGGUUUCCACAGGGAGCAGGACUCGACCCCGGCGCCGUCGCUGCCUCCCCAUCACGAGGGGCUGUCCCAGGAUGUGGCUCGCCAUUGCAUCAUCCAAGCCAGGCUGCUGGCUUACAGAACAGAGGAUCCCAAAGUGGGCGUGGGUGCCGUCAUCUGGGCCAAAGCGCCGUCGGCCGCCAGUGACGGAACGGGGUCUCUGUCCCUGGUGGGUUGUGGGUACAACGCCUACCCGGCGGGCUCGCAUUACGCGGAAUACCCGCAGAUGGACAACAAGCAGGAGGACCGACAGAGACGCAAGUACAGAUACAUGGUCCACGCCGAGCAGAACGCCCUCACCUUCAGGACUCGAGACAUCAAACCGGAGGAGCCCGCCGUGCUGUUUGUGACCAAGUGUCCGUGCGACCAGUGCGUCCCUCUGAUCAGAGGAGCCGGCAUCACGCACAUCUACACCACCGACCGGGACCGGGACAAGGACAAGGGAGACAUCUCGUACCUGAGGUUCGGCAGCCUGAAGAGCAUCAACAGGUUCAUCUGGCAGAGGAGCCCUUCCCUUGUCUCGCCGUCCUCUCCUCCCCAUGCCAACGGUUGUGUCGGGAAGCGCAGCGGGCCGGCCGAGCAGGACAGCCACCGACGCAAGAAGCUGUGCGCCAACAGACCCCGCGACCCGCUGCAGGCGUCCCUUCCUUAAAGAUUUUUUUUUUUGUGUGGCCGCAUCAACGCAUCUAUGAACUGGGAGGAAUAUCAUCGAUCAUUUUAUUUAUUGGGAUGGGUUAAAUGACGCUGAUCGGCCUGUAUGUCGUGUCCCUCUGUUCAAUCCGUCAUGUUUUACACGGGGGUAGUCCACGUUUAAUCGACGUGGACUACCAGCAGCACGGUGGCUCAGUGGUUAGCACUGUCUCCUCACAGCAAGAAGGCCCUGGGUUCGAAUCCCGGUCGUUCCAGGUCCUUUCUGUGUGGAGUUUGCAUGUUCUCGUGUUCUCAUGUUCUCCUCGUGUCUGCGUGGGUUUACUCCGGGUACUCCGGUUUCCCCCACCAUCAUAAAGACAUGCACCGCAGCCUCACCCCGGUUCGUAUGGAUGUGAAUGAAUGUUGGUGGUGGGGGAGGGGCCGUAGGUGCUGAUUGGCUGCCACGCUUCCUCAGUCUGCCCCAGGGCAGCUGUGGCUACUGAUGUAGCUUACCACCACCUGGAUGACUGAGUGUAUGACUACUGGACUCUGGACUCUGUAAAGCGACUUCGUGUGACUUGAGAAGCGCUAUAUAAAAUAAAUUAUUAUUAUUAUUAUUAUUACCAGAGGCUGCUUUAAAUAGGAAGUUACUGCGAACCCAUAAGACACACUGACCUCAAGAGGAAACCAUUAAGACGGUUCGGACGGAUGAAAGGAGCAAGAGCGGGAGACAGAAACACCACAACAAAAAUGUGACAUUUCAAAAAGUGAUAUAAACUGAAAUGUGGACGUGUCAUUUUAUUUUUUUCAUGCGAUGAAUAGUUGAUAUAAAUGGUGGAUUGAAGGUCA